ACGCGACUUGAUUUGUCAAAUAAUAGACAUGAAUGACUGAAUGACACCACAGAAGCCAUAAUUCUCCGCCUUUUCAAUCCUCGUCCGAAUUCCGAUAAUGGCGGCAAGAAAUCCGGGGAGUAAAUGGAAUUUUUCAUUAACCAAACAUUUUUCAUUAACCAAAUUCGGAGGGAGAGAGAAAAAUGCUAACACACUGACGACGGAGCUCGCUUCUCUCGCAUGCAUGGCUUCCACCCUCCCUUGCCUUUUCUGAACAGCCUCAAAUCGAAGACAAAGAUUUCAAUGCGGUUGGGGACGAAGGCAUUAUAAGGAGAACAACCAGAGAUAUUGCAAUCCUGAUCCUUGUCCUUUUCCAUUUGAAUCUGAAGUGAUCUAGGGUUACAAAUAUCGGAAUCCUUUGGAUGUUGAUAGGCUUUUGUCAUCUGGGAAUGCGAUUGCAGGAGUGAACAGGUGGGGAUUUGGAAGCGGAGAUGGGUGAGAACCAGCGGUUCCAGCUGGGUACUGUCGGCGCGCUUUCGCUAUCGGUGGUAUCGUCUGUGUCAAUUGUGAUCUGUAACAAGGCAUUAAUUAGUUCUCUCGGCUUUACAUUUGCCACAACAUUGACAAGCUGGCAUCUUUUGGUCACAUUUUGUUCUCUUCAUAUGGCGCUAUGGAUGAAGUUAUUUGAACAUAAACCUUUUGAUCCAAGGGCUGUAAUGGGAUUUGGAAUACUGAAUGGAUGCUCUAUUGGUCUGUUGAAUUUAAGCCUCGGUUUCAAUUCCAUUGGAUUCUACCAGAUGACAAAGCUUGCAAUUAUCCCCUGUACUGUUCUGUUAGAGACUCUCUUCUUCAGAAAGAAGUUCAGUCGGAGCAUCCAAUUAUCCCUAGUCAUCCUUCUUCUUGGUGUUGGAAUUGCCACAGUGACAGAUCUUCAACUCAAUAUUCUCGGAUCUAUCUUGUCGCUGCUUGCGAUUGUUACGACAUGCGUCGCCCAAAUUAUGACCAACACAAUUCAGAAGAGGUUCAAAGUUUCAUCUACUCAGCUCUUGUAUCAAUCCUGCCCCUAUCAAGCAAUAACCCUCUUCAUAAUUGGUCCUUUUCUUGAUGGACUUCUAACUAAACAGAACGUUUUUGCAUUCAAGUAUACGCCUCAAGUUCUGGUCUUUAUUGUACUAUCUUGCCUAGUAUCUGUCUCUGUGAACUUCAGUACUUUUCUUGUUAUUGGAAAAACAUCACCUGUCACAUAUCAAGUUUUGGGGCACCUCAAAACUUGCUUAGUUCUAGCAUUUGGUUAUGUUUUACUCCACGAUCCAUUUAGCUGGAGGAAUAUAUUUGGAAUUUCUGUAGCAGUUGUUGGAAUGGUCCUUUAUUCUUACCAUUGCACCAUUGAGAACCAGGAAAAAGCGAAUGAAGUGAUUAUCCAGCUAUCGCAGGCAAAAGAAAGCGAGCUCGACCUUCUUCUUGGUGUAGAAAAUGGAGCAAAUUUGUCUAGGGAUGGCGCAUCUCCUUGGAGCUCAAACAAAGAUCUGCAUGCUUGAGCUCUUCCCCCCGUCCUUUUUUUUUCUUUCCAGUUCUAAUUUGAUCACAGUGAUGUCAAAUGCAUCUCCGGUAAACUUGCUUCCUCUAUAUUCUGAAAUCUGUUCCCUUCAAAGUUGGGAGUCAGAUGAUUGUUUUUGUUUUGUUUAGGGCUUUUUUUAAAAAAAAAUUUAAAUGAGGAUUUACACA